AUGGCUGAAACGAAUGUGACAUUCGUUUCGGGUUCGAACACGCGUUUGCCUACACAAUCAGUUUUUGAUGGCUACGCCGAGCGCGUCAUACGAUUGAGCUUUCAUGUACAGGGCGAUCCUGCUGCUGUCCCAACAAUUGUAACUCGCGAUAACGGUGCCACCUGCGAUUCCACGUUCGUACCAAGCCAGGUGUUCAUGUUGGCUCCCUUGGUUAGCGUACUUCGACUGAGCCCCACACGUGAAACGGCUUCUUCCAGCGGCAGACCCGCAGCUCGUGGGCAUUGUGCGCGCAGCAGCAGCAGCAGCAGCAGCAGCAACGGGGCUGUUGUGCCCAACCCCGGCCCCCAUUUGGACGUGGCCGGCGUGUCCCUGCCCGGCUAUGCGCCCGGAUACAAGGACCGCAACCAGGACUCUGCGCUUCUGCUGGACACCUUCCUGAGCAAUCGUCAACAGCUGCUGGCGGUCUUCGACGGGCACGGCCCGGAGGGUGACCGCGUUUCCGCCUUCGUCAAGCGCAACCUGCCGUACACCCUGCUGACGCAACUUGCGGAAGAUGGGGAGGAGACACGCCGCCGCGGGGCCGCGGCUGUGGACAGCUCAGAAGAGAGCCGUGCCGCAAAGAUGGCCGCUUCAGCGUCCCCGUGGACAUUCGUCACGUCCCCUCAGCCGACGGCCUGCAGUGGCGGUGGCCGCCCUGCCGGGGGUUGCGGCGGGGGACCGCUGCCGCGGGCGAUGUGGCGCGCCGUCACCUCCCUCGACCGGCAGCUGGAGGACAGUGGCAUUGAUGUGGUUAACAGCGGCACCACCGCGGCUCUGUGUCACGUGCACGGCCGUCGCGUGACGGCGGCGUGGGUAGGCGACUCGCGCAUGCUGCUGGGCCUGCCAAUGCGAGCAGGUGAAGCCGCGGGAGCGCACGCGUCAGUAGCGGCGGUAGCGCUAUUAAGUGAGACAGCAGACCCUGCAGCUGGUGGUUCCGGAGCUGCAAACAAUAUUGGAAACGAAGUCGGAGUGUCGGGGGCGGCAACGACUGCCACACGAGGCCGUGCACGUGGCGGCGAUGGCUCGUGGCGUGUGGCCUGGUCCUCCAGUGAUCAUAAACCAGAGCUUCCGGAGGAAUUGCAGCGCAUCCAGGCGGCGGGAGGGCGGGUGGCUCGUAGCGUGGGACGACAGGGCCCGGUGGGGCCGUAUAGGGUAUGGUUUCAGGACCAGGCCUAUCCCGGUCUGGCCAUGAGCCGUGCUCUGGGGGACCUUCCUGGCCGCGAAAUCGGCGUCACAUGCCAGCCCUCCUGCGCCUCUCUGCGCCUGCCGGACAGCGGCCCGGCGGUACUGGUGGUAGCAUCGGACGGAGUGUGGGAGCUCAUGUCCAAUGAAAAGGUUCUGGAGCUGGCGGCGAAUGCGAGCUCUGCGGCGGAGGCAGCUAGCCGUGUCGUACAACAAUCGCGGCGCGCCUGGGUGAAGGAGUACGGCGGGUCGUACGUGGAUGACAUAACGGCGCUCGUCAUGCGCAUCGACAUGCCUCCACGGCGGGCGUCAGGACAUUAG